AAUUUGCUUCUAAAAUGGCUCACUCAGCAUGGCUGUGGAUAAAUGCCUUAUUUCCUUGCCAAGUGGGCCUUUUGUAAGGAGCAUCUUCAAGUCCUUAUGACUUGGCAGCUAGCUUCCUCCAGCACAGGUGAUCCAUGAUAGAGAGUAAGGGGUGAGUCACAAUGCCUUUUAUGACCUAGUAGUCAUAAUAUGACCUAAUAUGACCUAAUAGUCAUACAUUGCCAUUUCUUCCAGGCGUCUUGGUAGAAGCAAGUUACUAAGUAUGGCCACAGUAAAGGAAAGGGAGGGAAAUCAGGCUGUAACUUUUGAAGGGAGGAGUAUCAAAAUGUGAAUAUCCCUGACUGACCAAGUAGAGUAAAAUGAAUGAAAAUAAACCCGGUGCUUCACAGAAUCUUGCUUGUGUUUUUUGUCGAAAAAAUGAUGACUGUCCUAAUAAAUAUGGAGAAAAGAAAACUAAUGAGAAAUGGAAUCUCACUGUACAUUACUAUUGUUUGUUGAUGUCAAGUGGAAUUUGGCAGAGAGGUAAAGAAGAAGAAGGAGUUUACGGUUUUCUAGUAGAAGACAUCAGGAAAGAAGUGAACAGAGCUUCUAAACUGAAAUGCUGUAUUUGCAAGAAAACUGGUGCUUCAAUUGGAUGUGUUGCACCCCGAUGUAAACGAAGUUAUCAUUUUCCAUGUGGACUUCAGAGAGAAUGUAUUUUCCAAUUUACUGGCAAUUUUGCGUCAUUUUGUUGGAACCAUCGACCUGUUCAAAUAAUUACAUCUAAUAAUUAUAGAGACUCCUUACCAUGUACCAUUUGCUUGGAAUAUAUUGAGCCUAUUCCAACUUACAGCAUAUUACGAAGUCCUUGUUGUAAGAAUGCUUGGUUUCAUAGAGACUGUUUACAGGUUCAAGCAAUAAAUGCAGGAGUGUUUUUCUUUAGAUGCACAAUAUGCAAUAAUAGUGAUAUAUUUCAGAAAGAGAUGUUGAGAAUGGGAAUUCAUAUUCCUGAAAAAGAUGCAUCUUGGGAAUUAGAGGAAAAUGCUUAUCAAGAACUUCUGCAGCACUAUGAGCAUUGUGAUGUCCGGAGAUGUCGUUGCAAAGAAGGGCGAGACUAUAAUGCACCUGAUAGCAAAUGGGAAAUAAAGCGCUGUCAGUGUUGUGGUUCUAGCGGAACACAUUUAGCUUGUUCCUCAUUACGAUCAUGGGAACAAAAUUGGGAGUGUUUGGAAUGUAGAGGUAUUCUCUACAAUUCAGAGGAUUUCCAAAAAGCCAAAAAGCAUACAUUACCCAACACUAAUAAUGUGGGAAUAACUGAUUGUUUGUUGGAAGAAUCAUCACCUAAAUUACCCAGACAGUCACCUGGAGCCCAGCAUAAAGAUCUUCUGAGGCAAGGCAGCAAAUUUAGAAGAGAUAUAUCAACAAUAAUAAUGGAAUUAGGAUUUCAAAUUAAAAAAAAAGCUAAAAGAUUAUGGAUUAAUAAAGCCAAUAUCUGGAAUAGUGCCUUAGAUGGAUUCAGAAAUCAAAACUUUAAUCCUUCAUACACAAUUGAAGUAGCAUAUGUUAAUGAAAAUGAUAAUUUUGGAAGAGAACAUCCUGGAUCAAAGCAAGAAUUCCUAAGUCUCUUAAUGCAGCAUCUUGAGAAUUCACCAAUAUUUGAAGGGUCCUUGUCUAAGAACUUGUCUCUAAAUUCUCAAGCUCUGAAAGAGAAUCUUUACUAUGAAGCUGGCAAAAUCCUUGCCAUUUCCUUGGUUCAUGGUGGUCCUUCACCUGGUUUCUUUUCUAAAACCUUGUUUAACUGCCUUGUUUAUGGACCAGAAAAUACCCAACCAAUUUUAGACGAUGUUUCAGACUUUGAUGUGGCGCAAAUGAUAAUCAGGGUAAAUACUGCAACAACUGUGGCUGACUUAAACUCGAUAGUAAAUGAAUGCUAUAACUAUCUCGAGCUUAUUGGAUGUCUAAGACUUAUAACAUCAAUAAGUGACAAAUACAUGUUGGCAAAAGAUAUACUAGUUUACCAUGUAAUUAAGAGAGUCCAAGCACCCUUUGAAAGUUUUAAGCAGGGUCUGAAAACUCUUGGUGUUUUGGAGAAAAUUCAGACUUACCCAGAAGCAUUUUAUAGCAUCUUCUGUCAUAAACCUGAGAAUCUUUCUGCAGAAAUCCUUAGUGAUCUUUUUACAGUCCGCACAUUAUCCAAUGUACAGUCUUUGGGGUUUUGGAACAGUUAUUUACAGGCUGUUGAGGAUGGUAAAUCUGCAGUAACAAUGGAAGACAUUCUUAUUUUUGCAACUGGUUGCAAUUCCAUUCCACCAGCUGGAUUUAAACCCACUCCUUCAAUUGAGUGUCUUCAUAUGGAUUUUCCUGUCGGAAACAAGUGUAAUAACUGUUUAGCUCUUCCAAUCACCAAUACAUAUCAAGAAUUUCAAGAAAAUAUGGAUUUUGCCAUAAAAAACACUCUAAGACUAGAAAAGGAAGAAAGUACUCACUACAUUGGACAUUAAAUGUUUUGAACAAAGACAUGCUUCUUUAAAAGCUGCUAUUGAUACUUUUUGUUUCAGAAAUCUGUCCAUCAUCAUUUUUGAACAAACUUGUCAGCUUCUUGGCCCAAUAAAAUUUAUGAUAUGAACAUAAAGGAAUGUUUUGGCCAUUUAAGCUAAAAACUUUUUGUGUUAAAGUAUACCAGUCAAAGUUGAUAUUUUUCUAUUUUCUUAAAAUACAUGCUUCAUAAACUUUAAUAUAAAUAGUUUUAAAAUAGCUGUACAGACUUUUUUCAAGUAUAAUAGCAUGGUAUAUAUAUAUGUAUAUGGGGGAAAAAACUUGUAUUCACUAUUUCUGCAAAUUAGUAUUAGUUACAGGAUGCCACAAUGUUUUUUCUAGUUUUACAAAAUUUUCAAAUUAUUUCUUAUUUUAUUUUAAAGCAUUAAAUAGAAAAGCUAAUUGAUAAAUCCUGUUAUAUAAAUCAAAGGCAUAUAUUCCAGGGAACGUGUUAUAAGUGUUUUUUUUUUUUUUUUCUAGGAUGGCACUAAAUUGAUUAAAAAUGCUUUUAGAUUACUGAUUUAUAUUAAAACAGACCUUCACUGCAAUUAGAUUAUGCCUAAUGGGAAGUAUUAUAUGAAAAGCAGAAUUGCACAAAUAUUCUAAAAUCUAUGGACAUUCCAUAUAGUCUUAAGAACACUUCUGAGGUGGAUAAAAUAUAGUUGAAAAUACCUAAGAAAGUGUCUUCUUUAAAGCCUUGUCUUUAAUCAUAGGAUUUUUUUCCCCUCUCUGUAUCCCCUGUGUCGUAUUAAAUCACAUUAUGUCUGAUCCAGAAUCAUUUUUGGUGUCUCAGUUAUCUCAGUGGAUCGCCAUGUGGUAGGUUUGACUAUUUGACAGUUAUUUAUUACCAAGAUGGUUGUAUGAUAGGUAAACUGGUACCACUGUGUUAUACAGUUAUCUUCUUUGCUCUUGAAAGAUAUUGUUAUUAUAAAAGCAACCUAGAAACACGUAAGAAAGAAAUGCAAAUAGAAUGAAAAACCCACUCUGAUGUCACCAUGCAGAAUUAACUACAGUGUUUCAUUGUAUCUUACUAUAAACUCUUUACCUUUCCUUGCCUUUUAAACUUUAUUAAUGUUACUAAAAAUUAACACCUAAAAGUAACAAAAAAAAUCAUAUAAUAACAAUUUGAAGAUACAUAGUCCCAUGGUCACGUCCCCAUGUGUAUGUUCUUACAAAAGAAGAAAGUGGAAAAGUCUUAUGUCCCUAAUCUAUUAUCAAAUAUUAAAUGGGUUUUCCACCAAGGUAAAUUGGAUAAGAGGUAAAUCUUUAUGAGAGGUUGGUUUUAAUCACAUUUUUUAAAUAUACAUAGCAGAUAAUCAACUAUCACCAUAUUUUCCCCAAGACAUCCUUUAAUUAUUGAUACUUUUUAAAGGAAAACAACAUAUCUCUUAAUACCAAAGGAAAACUAAAACAUAAUCAUAAUACAAUUUCCUUUGUUACACUUACUGACAGACCCAGCAAAUUACAGUUUCAUUUUAACUUGAAGUUUUUAAGAACUUAACACAAGGCAUGUCUUUGUCUUGAAUUGUUAAAUUAUCAAAAGUAAUUAAAGGAUUAAUAAAAGUUUGAAUACCUAAUAUAAACUUCAAAUUUUCCAUAUAGCUUUUAUUCUAAAUGUGAUGAUAAAUUGGAUAUUUCUCAACCCUACCUAGAUUUUAUGAAAUUAAAAACCAGUAUAAACCACAUAACCUAAUUAAAGCUAUUUUCUGGUCAUUUGUAGUUUUAAUUUCUCCUGAAGUGGUAAUUAAAACUGAUGAAAUUUCACACAGUUUUUGGGUAGGGUACGGUAGGGUUUGUAUGGAAGCAAUAUGCUUGGUUGGCGAUAACUAGAAACAGUAUUUCAGUUCCUCAUUUCACUAUGUUAUGUGUAGACAGGGACUUAGGGAUAAGGUAUGAUGUAAAUAAUAAUUUAGGAUAUUCACAUUUUAAAGUGAAGCAUACUUAUUGCAAAGCAUCUUCUGGGUUUAAGGAUGUUCCAUUAAUUUGAUAUUUAGGUUAAUCUGUAUAGUCAAGGCAUAGUAGAGAAUCCUAUAUUUAUUUUCUGCAGUGUUACUAUGUCAAAUGGUUAAUAUUGUGAUUGUUCUUUUUCUUUUUUCUAUUCAUUGUUCUAGCCAGUGCACAACUCUUACUGACAUUGAAUUUCUAAAGUCAUUAUGCUAUGAAACCUUAUCAAUGUGUAUUUGUAUUUCCUAACUGUUUGAGUUGUCAAAAUGCCAUAUAUUUCAAGUUUGUUUUCCAUUGGUCUCAAUAUUGAAGAAAACCAUAAAGUCACCUAUUACACAUCUGC